AUGAGUAGUACAGCCAAAGAACGCAAGCUGGGGUCUCACUACCUCGUUCAAGAGGAGCCGAAGGGCAUCAAGGGGAGGCUAGUGGAUUUACGAAACCUUGGGGAUGGCUCUUACCGAGAUUCGGAUGCGAAGCUCCCUCGGCACAGGGAAUCACCCGUUUCGCGGAACGUCCGCGCUCGGGCCUACGUUUUGCAGAAUCCCUCAGGGAAAGGUCGACAUGAGCCUCGUCAUCUACAAUCGACGCUUGCCUUUCGAGAAAUGCCAACGCCAACGCGACUGAUCUUGUCGCGAAGCACAUUCUCCGUACUGCGCCGUGGAAGUUCGUCGUGUCACGUUCCAGAAACACGCCUAGUGGUUAGAUUUCAAUGCCUCGAAGGAACGGGAACGGAACAACCUCACAAUACGUUCUACCGGUUUGCUUUGAAAGUCUUGGCUCCUUCCUGGAUUUUCACCCAACACGACCCAACACGUACGCUCUUUUUCCUUGGGUUGGUGCUUCUGAUCAUUUUGGCCAGAACGAGUGCUGGCACCUGGAACAUCACUGCAACGACAUUUGCGGGCAUGAACCACGUCGACGCGCAUCUUCAUGACAACUUCGGAUUAUUGUCACCCAGAAGCACGUUCGCAACUGGGGCUUUGAUUUCAUAUCUAGGGGUGGCGCCGCACAAAUUUCUAACAUGCUCUUACAAAGUCAUAUCUCAUCCCUCACAAAGUCAAUGCGAGACCGGAGGAGGAGCACACAUGGUUUCGCUCGACUUACGCUUUCUGAUAUUCCCAUUUUCUCUCACCUCUAACCCGCAACGGGCCAACAGCAGAGGCCUGUACGGGUUCAAUGUCGCGUCUUCCUCGCUUUUCAUUUCAACGGACUCAAUCAACCAGCUACUACUGCUCAAGCGCUCGCAGUCUUUACCCAUGCCCCGUGUAAAGCGUGUUCCGAGCGCUAAACACCUUCCUUUCACCAAACCCACCAUGUCUACCGCGAAGGGUAGCUCAACUGGAAGCCUUAGCAUCGAGAUCACAGAAAUCUGCGUUGAAUCCCAGCACAUCCUCAAGUCGGUCCAACUUUCGAUUGGAUCGUUCGAGCGGGAAUCACCUUGUCUCCUGAAUGCAACGACCCACAACUUUGAGUUGUCAUCCCCCUGUCAAAGCAGUCAACUUUCGCCUUCAGAGUCCCUCUAUCUGCAAGUCCGAUUCCGCGGAUUGUUUCGUGCUGCGUCGAAGAGCAAGAUUCCUCUCGAUGAACUGCUAAGCAAGGCAGAACCCCCGACGAGUGGCGACCUACAACCCACAACGGAUGAGUUAUUCAAGUUGGUUGAACGGUUCCGAGUCCUGGUCAUCGGCAAAGUAGCCCUCUUAUACCUCUAUUCUCAGCUAUUAGCUUACAGUUUGUUUUUACAGUGUGGUGUAGGGAAAUCUUCCCUUAUCAACGAAUGCUUCGGUGUCAAGGAUGCUGUGAGGUCAUUUCCCCGUCUUCUCAAGAUCCGCUCCUAA